AAUUAUUUUUUGUAUUAAUUCUUAACAACAUACUUCUCUGUUCUGUUGUUCUGAUUUAUUCUGUUUGUUGUGUACUGUCUGCAUUGUAUGGGGUUGUCUGCUGUGCUCUGUAUGUCCCGAGCGAUCAGGGUGAAUACGAAUCCCAAAGUACACGUACAGUAUUAUGGCAAUAAAGUCCUCUACUCCUCUGCUGUCGAGAGUCAGCUCGGGGGGCGAAGUGCCCGCGAGGGGGCGCGCCGAGCUCGAGGACGUGCCGGCUGUCCCGCGAGCUGCAGCGCGUGGUUUGUGCGGAUCUUGCGAGCAGACGACAUUCCCGCUCGCUCGGCAGCGUGUCCGUGACUGUGGAUCCGUCCCGACACGGCAUGUCUGCAGGAGACAUCUUGCAGUUUCAUCGCAAAAGGCGAGCAGCGGUUAACACGUUUCAAAGCCUGAUUUACGGCUUCUCACGGACACCUGCCGGUCUUCUUUCCGCGCCUCGAAAGCUUGAGUAACUUCGGCGGAGGAGCGGUCUGGAAAAGUGAGGAAGACUGGAGGAAACGGGGGCUUCGCCCGUUGUCCUCUGUCGUGAAGCGCGGAGUAUGGGAGAAGUACGAGCUUUCCAUCCAGCGUGCAGGCUGUCGAAGCUCCGCGGUCUCCGACUCACGGGCAGACGGCUCUCACGUUGGCCCGGGAAGCUCAUUUGUCGGUAAUAAGGAUGCGCCGUGCCGCAGAGCCAAGAUGGGAUCAGUUUCACCCCCCACCCCCCCCUCACGAAACCCCCCUCCCUGCAGGUAGGCGAGCGUCAGGACUGAGCUUCCGCCGGACCAGAGCGCAGGUCCGAGCGGCUGUGGAGCACUCGUCUGUGUGUUUCUGAGCGCUCUCCGUCCGGGUCGUCGUCAUGAACCGGAGAGUGGGGUUCUGUCUGAGCGACAAGAAGAGGAAGAGGAUGAAUCUGGCGGCGUUCGCCGAGCUGUGUCAGACCCGGGGUAUCGAAGUAGUGGAGAUAGACCUGAGCCAGCCCCUGGACCUGCAGGGACCCUUCAGCAUCAUUGUGCACAAGCUGUCGGACGUCAUCGUGGAGGCAGAGCACAGCAGCCAGUCGCAGGAGCUCCUGGCAAACUUUGAGAAGCAUGUCGCUGCGCACCCCCUCACAGUGCUGCUGGACCCUCUUCCAGCCAUGAGGCAGCUCCUUGACCGCUUCGUCUCCUACCACAUCAUGAACCGGCUGCACGACGUCAUGGCCGACCCCCGUAUCUGCAGCCCCCCCUACCUGGAGAUCAGCACUGCGGACCAGAGGGAAAUCAGGGAUGCUGUUGCCAAGCAACAACUCAGCUACCCUCUGAUUUCCAAAACGAGAGUGGCUCACGGAUCGCGUUCUCAUGAAAUGGCCCUGAUCUUCGGGGAGGACGGCCUGUGUGACGCCCGCCCGCCCUGCGUGCUGCAGAGCUUCGUCAACCACGGCGCCGUGCUGCACAAGGUGUUUGUGGUGGGACAGUCGCACUUCACCGUGGAGAGGCCAUCCCUCAAGAACUUCCCCAUGGGGCCUUGCGACAGGAAGACUAUCUUCUUCAACAGCCAUGAGGUGUCCAAGCCAGAGUCCAGCUCUCACCUCACUGCGCUGGAUGAAGGGACUGCCCUGCCUCGCCCCCCCAGCGAUGAGGUCAUCAGCGCAAUGGUGACAGAGCUGAGGGCGGAGCUGGGCAUGUCCCUGUUUGGAGUAGACGUGAUAGUGAACAACGAGACGGAGAGGCUCACCGUCAUUGACAUCAACAUCUUCCCCAGCUACGAAGGAGUUCCUCAGUUUUUCUCAGCUCUUCUCGCCCACAUUGAGGCUGUGCUGGGGAGCACGGGCAGCGGCCUGUGACGCCAGGGACUCGCCUGGGCAGCCACCCCAGCUGUGCUGCAUCCUCCUUGGCCAAACAGGACCCUUGGCGUCCCCCCUUCGACCCGGCAGCAGUUCCAGCCUUGCAGCUCCAUAUCUGAUGAUGGAACUUUUUUCACAGCAGAAGAGGUCAAGCUUGCUUGGGCACAUUUUGUUGUGUUUCACAUUGGAGUGCUCUAACAGGCUCUACAGUUGUGUAGUGUAGUGUCUCUGCAGUGCUGUGCUAGUCUUUCCGGUGCUUUGCUAACCUCCCAAGUGCUUUCCUGUUCUCCCCAUGACUGUACUAGUCUUCCAUGUUCCCUGCUACAGUAGUUUCCUCAUUGCUUUACUGCUCUCUGUAGGCAGUUGCAA